AGACGACUCAUUGUAGAACUGAUAGGACUGUUAUCAAAGUCACGUGACCUACUAAAGUAUUUUGCAGAAGCAAAAGGCAUUCAUUGGCCGUGCUUAGCAAGUGUCUGUGUUACAUUCUACACAAACUAGAGUCUGGGUAGACAGAGCUAGAACAUUACAUGAUUGCUGGAUUUUUCGAUAAAGAGGCCAUCUCUCAGCUCUUUUGACAUCUUCAGCUAUGAAGAAAAUCCUGUUGGUGCUUCUCCUGCAGAUUGUUACUGCUUCAUCGCAAGAGGGGCACAUAACAUGUACUAUCCCGCCAGUAAAAAUGUCUCAGGACGCGGUUCUGACUUGCAACUUUCCAGAAGACCUGAAUGUGACAAAGAAAGACUUUGCAAUAUACCACUACCUGAACGACAAUAGAGAUGAUAUUGUCGACUGCUGGUGGCUUAAAGGUGAGAUGGCCUGCUCUACAAAACCGGAUAUCAAGUAUCAAGCGAGUGUCAGCAGAUCUUUUACAAUUACACUUCUAAAUGUAUCGUCAAUUCAAAAAGGAGAAUACGUUUGUCAGAUUGCUAACCAUGACCCGAAGUUAAUUCAAACCUGUCACCUUCUAAUAAAGAUUGCUGAAAAAGAGGAUAACGGAAACCCUGUGGUUGCCAUAGUGUCAACAAUAUUGGUAGUUGGUGUUAUUUUGGUGAUUCUGGUCAUCAUCGUAGUGGUGAUGCGUAAAAGGAUCUCCUUCAGGAAGUGUAAAUGCAAGAGGAAAAAUAUCGAGGAAAGUGGAGAAGAUCAAGCAAUGGUUGUCAUAGACGACAAAAGAGUGACGAAGGAAUUUCAAGAUUUUCUGUUAAAGAAAGUCAGAGAAAUGUUCCCAGACAUGCUUGAUGCCUGCUACUUUGUGCCUCCAAUCCACUUCAACAAAACUCGGUACAAAACAGAAACUGUCGCCGGUCAAGUUGUUUACAUUCCUGAUCCUCCUGACCCCAGUGAUGUACAGUACAACCAAGCCAUGGAAAAUGUUUUGAACUACUUGCGCCGAAUCGUGGAAACUAAACAUGAACGAAUGUUUGUUCUCACACAUUUUAACUACGAUGACUACUUGAACAACCCUGACCAUAAGUAUAUAACACAUGUCCUGCCUGUUCCUGCUGGUCUGAAAAAAAGGAAAGGAGAAAACAAGAUCGGUUGUUUUGAUUUUUUGAUCAUCCAUCGGCAGUACGGGGUGGUGGUUGGGGUGGUAAAGACUGUUGGUGACAAGGAUGAUGAAAGUCAGGCUAAAAAGAAGACAAUUGAUCACGCGGUGGUUUUAGAGGUGUCUGAAGCUAUUCUACAAUUGAGAAAGGCAGUUUGUGUGAUGCAGCAUCUCAUGUCAGACCAGAAUCAGCCUCCGAAAGUUCGGCAGUUCUUGAUUUUACCCAACAUCGCGCAGUCCACGCUAAACCGUGCACUCCACAACCACCCUGGUGUGGCUCAGAAGCUGCGCAAGAGCUUUGAAACCGAGGACGUACCCACUGAACUAUGUCUAUGUGCCGAUCGACUGACUGACCCUCAACCGAUGACCUGGUGGGACAGCUUGAUGACUACGUCUACAGAUGACUUUAUUAUGAACGAUGACCUGUAUGAAUGCUUGAUAGCGAGGUUCUGUGGGCCUGCUACAACAUCUUCUCUCGACAUUCCAAGAACACCCGAUUCUCUUCAAUUGCCCAAAACUAUUUAUCAAGCCGUGUCCGUAACCGGAGACUUGUUUGAUCGUUGUACACUGUACCCGGGUAUGACAGACCUCAUCCAGGAGCCUCGGGUGUUUCUUUCAGGGCCGCCAGGCACAGGAAAAACAAGACUGUUAGGUCUAGUGGGACGGAAAUGGUUAUCUGAAGGUCGUGUGGUGCAAAUAGUUAAUACUUCAGCUGAACUUACUUCUGCAACAAUACAACUAGUAAAGAUUCUGCAGGAGGCACAAAGAUCAGGCACUUCACUGAAGGGAAUGGUUGUCAGCUUAAAUUGUAACAUAGACAGGAGAGAAGAUAUUCGUUCCACGAUUAACAGAUUGAAAGAAAAUGCAGGUGAAAAGUCUGUAUGUGUAAUUGCUGAUGACGUGGAGAUUACUACGGAGAAGACAAAGCAGAUUCGCAUGUUUUUUCGAAGCCUUCUUUCGUGGUUGCCUGAUAUUUAUUGCUGGGCAAGCAGCUGCAGUACUGAAAACACUCCAAAAGAUUGGCGGUCGGAGAUUCUGACGGUACCUAUCAGCUGUCCGCCAUCAGUACUACAAGAGAUGGCGAAGGAAAACCCUAUUCCAGGCGUAGUGCCGUAUUCAGAGAGCAAGUUCACAUCACCUACUGAAGGCAUGCCUGUGAUGCACAUUAAACACAGCUACUCAUCUGCCAAGCACAUAGAUUAUGAACAGUGUGGAAAGAACAUCCUAAACGUUUUAUCCCAAGCUCUUCGUAUUUCUUGCAUGGACACAAACUCUGCCACAAUGGACGUGCUUGCCUCGGAACCUCAAAAAAGAUACAAGCAUCCAACAGCUCUCCAGUACAAAGACAUUUUAAUGUUGUUUGAAGAUGAUUUUACACAGUUUAUGCCCUUGAUUGCUGCUUUUAAAGAAUCUAGAAUCCCUGUGCAGGUUAUCGACUCCGAGAACCAGGGGGAUAUUUUGAAUAAUAAUGUUGUUGUUGCCGCCAAAGCCGGUUUCUUGUGUGGAAUUAAAAGAAAAGUGGUUAUUUAUGUUGAGGGAAUUAAAAAGCCAUCAGACGUUUCUGCGGGGUGGAACAAGCUGCGAAGCAUAACCAGUUGUACAUCCCAACUAGUACUGGUUUCAUCUCCCGCUACUUUGGAUUCACUGAUUUUUAACGCGCUAGCGGGUACGGCUGAAGUAAUGUCCCUAGUCCUCCGGGUCACUGCUGCCAAAAUAAAGUCGUGAAAACUGCAUGGUUGUAAUAGCAAAUAUGGUUUGGAAACAACAUUUGCUAUUCUUGUGUCGGUCUUUGAUUGGCCUGGUGUUCCCAAGAGAGUCUGGUUGUGCCAAGCUGCGUGUCCAAAUGGGAACUCGACCAUGUACAUAGACAUUGGUGGCCUGCAGCAGAAUUUAAAUUAGGAGACAUUCCUUCUGACUCUUCAUCUCAAAUGCGUGCAGUUUUUAAUAAUUCCUAAAGCAAGCAGAAAUCUUUGCCAUAUAUAUAGAUGUUUGGCUUAUCGCAUUGCCUUCUUUUUCACCCUUCUUAUUAAUCUAGAAUCUGAGGUAAAAAAGCUCAUCACACUUACUAACCCUAACCUUUCCGGAUAAUAGCCAUUCUCAAGAGCGUGUAAACCAUUGACUAUACUUGUUACAAGAAUGUAAAUCCAAAUCAUUGUUGUAAUAUUUAUGCAGAUUUUUUGCUUGAUAAUGCGAUGAGAUUGUAGAGAACAUAAUGAAGAUGACAUUUUUCAGCUAUUGUUGGUUCAAGCAAAUCAGUGCUUUGCUGUAAUUGUUCAUGUCGACAAGACCUCAGUCCUCGCCUAAAUUUUCUAUGCUCCUGUUAUGUCUCUCAGUUCAUUGGAGAUGUCUUUUAGAUGUACUUUAACAAAUAUUGUUAUUUCUACACAAAGGGACACAACGGUAGGAAAGUAGUUUUCUUAUGUUCAUUUUAGUUCCAAGUGAGAAUACCGAUGACUGACGGUUUUUAUCUUGAAAAUUAUGCAUACUUACGUAUAAAUACUUUAAGAGUUUGUAUUUUAAAAUAAAAUUAACCUGAUCAAAAGGAAA